CAACCGACCGUUACCUUCCAUCCGCGCUCUCUGCUUGUUCUUUUACGCACCCCGGAGCCAUGACCGUGGCAAGCGCGGCCACAGCCAAAACCAAGAAGCUAAUGAAGUUCAGCCUCUCCCUUUUCCGUCGAGGUUUCAACCCCUCCAAAUGCAAAACGGCGGCGAAGAUGGCGGUUGCUCGGAUAAAGCUGCUAAGGAACAAAAGGCAGGCGGUGGUGAAGCAAAUGAGGCGUGAUAUCGCUUCGCUUCUGCAGUCUGGUCAGGAUUCCACUGCUCGCAUCAGGAUUGAACACGUGAUAAGAGAAGAGAACAUUUUGGCUGCAAACGAGUUAAUCGAGCUGUUUUGUGAACUAAUUGUGGCCAGGCUUACCAUAAUUACCAAGCAGAGGGAAUGCCCGGCAGAUCUUAAAGAAGGGAUUGCAAGUGUGAUUUUUGCUGCACCAAGGUGCUCUGAAAUUCCAGAACUAGCAGCACUUCGAGAUGUUUUUCAAAACAAAUAUGGAGCGGACUUUGUCUCUGCUGCUACUGAUCUGCGACCAAACUGUGGUGUGAAUCGGAUGUUGAUUGAUAAGCUCUCAGUCAGAACCCCAACCGGUGAAGUGAAGUUGAAAGUUAUGAAAGAAAUAGCCCAAGAACACAAGAUUGAUUGGGAUAUUACUGAAUCGGAGAAGGAGCUUCUCAAACCUCCAGAAGAGCCAAUAGAAGGACUGCGUACUUUCGUUAGCGCUUCCAGCUUACCAAUUGAGCCAAAACAACCGACAAGAUCAAUCAACAGCCAAGAAGGCGUCAAAAUGGAUUUUGAAGACACUGCAUCAGCUGCUGAAGCAGCUGCAGAAUCAGCCAAGCAAGCAAUUGCUGCUGCCCAAGCUGCCGCAUAUCUGGCUACCAAAGCUUCUGGUUUUGAUAAAAACUCAGUGAAUUCCCAGUUUAAGAAUCAUCCGGGAAGGGUGCGUGAAACCAAGAGUUUCAGAACUACUACCCAUGCAGAAGUGGGAAAAGUGUGUAGGAGGCACAGCUACAACGGCAACUCAGAUAUUAAGUUUGAUGAAUCUGAUUGUGAUGAAGAAUCUGAAAUGGAAGAACAAGUAUUUGCACCUUCAUUCGAUGAUGAAGAAGACCAAGUUCCUCAUCACAUUUCUGCUCCUCGUCCACCUCCAAUACUUCCGGACACUCCAGGCCAUUAUUAUGUUCAUCCCAAGCUUCCGGAUUAUGAUGCCUUAGCUGCUCGGUUUGAAGCUCUCAGAUACCACAAACAGUGAAAUUGCAUCCCAUUGCUUCAUCAAUCUUCAAUGGUGUUCUCAAACAUACCUUGCAUUCCUUUUUGCUCCCUCGGAUUGUCAGGAACCACAUCACAAUAUAAACAUUUACAUGAAAGAACCCUUAUCCAAUAAUAAGACUAAUAGUUAUUAUA